GCACAGAUGACUGAGUCGCCGCCCUCUACGAAUACAAGCCUUUUAGGAGAAGCCACCUUUUCGGCCAACCUACGGCCUUAUAAGCCGCCUCUUGGUCGCCGCUUCCCCUCACCAAGGUCCGCGUUCUCCUUACUCACCGAAAUGGCUACAGGAAGCUCCGCAGGACCUUUAAAGACGAGGCCAGGCGGCGGCCGCCGAGCAACUUAAAACCGGGAGCAGCAUGCUUAAUCCAUACCACGAGGCAUGCCUACUUGACUCAUUGAUUGGUUGCAAAGGUGUCAAUCAUAAAAGAAGGGUGGACACACGAUUGGGCUGCUUAUUCCAUGAGUGGUGGAGGAGACGGCCUUGUUCCUUUCGGCACUCCCUGCGUUUCGUCUCCUAUUGCGCACCGAGCGGAGGCGGGAAGGAGAGAGAAUAUGGCCAAUCAAUGCAAGAGGCUGAAGGGGCGGGAAGAGGGACCCAAAAUCGGAAUCCGAUUGGGUCUGUGGUGGUGAAGGGCGGAACCAAAAGAUCUGGCAUAGAGGCUGUGUGAGGAGUAAGCGAGGUCCAGGAUAUGACCUGAUAUGGCCUCAAUGAAUUUAAAAUGUUUCCAAGUAUAUACUUCCAGAGCACAAACAUGCAGACAACUGCUAGCUGCAAGGAAAGCUGUAAACUGCUCUGGACAGUUCAGGCUGUGUCAUGGCAAACAAAUGACAUAUUCAGUGGCUGCUUUUCAGAACACAUUUUGUAGAAACUACCAUAUGGAACUAGGGAAUCAUCCCAGCUCCGUUAUGGGAGCAGUGCACCUCCAUGGAGAAGCUGGUAACAGUUUUAAAUCUGAUAGCAAGUGGAUAGAUGAACAGAUGUUUUUGAAGGAACUGAACAGUUUGCAUUCAUACAAAGACAUAUUCAAAUUUAUGAGCUCCUUGAAAAGUUUAUCUGACACCAUGGUGGCAGCUGCCUUUCAGCGGGUGUGUGAUGUUGAAGUGGAGGACAGCACACUGAAGAAUGCUGAGGAGGUGGUGGAGAGUGAUGUUUUUAAGUCACUUUGCUUCCAGCUGGAACAAGAAUCUCCAAAUCUGUCUGAUUCUGGUCUUGUGAGUUCACUAAAUGCUUUGAUAAAGUUGCGUGUGGACCCCUGGAGUACCUUGGUAGUUCACUUGGUGUUAGAGAGCCAGGAACGUCUGGACAAGGGCCAGAUGACAAUUCAAAAUUUGUGUGUUCUGGGAGAAGGUUUAUUGGACCUGGAGGGUCCAGACUGUGCAAUGCUGGAACAAAUUAUGGACCAGGUGCAAGGUACAGACCUGGAGAACUGGAAAGCUGAUGAACUGGCCAUGGUUUACAGACUCCUGCAGCUAGGCGUGGGGAAGAGUGGGAAAUACCAAGCUCUAUUAAACAAAAUGAACAAUUUCACCAUAACACAAGUUUCUCAGUUCAGCCCCAAACUGACAAGUACUGUAUUAAAAGCUCUUGCUGCUCUUGAUCAAACCCAAGCCAUUCCCUUGGUACUAAAGCUUUGUAAGCACUCAGUGCGGCACAUCCCUCAUUUCACAGAUGAUGAAAUAAUAAAUGUGCUGGAGGCUUUCAUUCAUUUUGGACAGAAUGACCAGUUCUUCACAGAAGCCCUAGAAAGGCACGUUGCCAAAUGUGCCUUCACCAUGCAUACCAAUGCCGUCUCCAAAGUCAUGCAGUACUGCAGCGUGAAGCACAUCCUUUCCAAACCCAUCUUUAACGUAGUCGCGGAAAGGUUUAUUUACCAUGCUGACAAGCUCACUACUGCUCAGAUUGCUGAGCAAAUUGUCCCAUUUGGGAAACUCAAUUACCUACCCCCAUGUGCUCCAUCUCUUUUCCGAAAGCUCGAAGGGAUACUUAAUGCUCGGUUUACUCAGUUUCAGUCUCAUGUACUCUUGAACCUGCUUCAUUCAUGCACCCUUAUUGAACGUUAUCCACUAAAUUUUCUGGCAAGGAUAUUUAAUCCCUAUUUUCUGCAACAGUUGCAAGUUGAAGAACCUGGUUUGAAGAAGUCCGUUCUUUCUCUACUGACCCAGUUAUUUCUAACUGUUAGAUUGGAGUGUCCCUCCUAUGAGGGUCCCAAGCUCCUUCCAAAAUACCGUGUCAAGUCAUUUCUCACCCAAGGCCAUUUGGUAGAGUCUGAGCUUGAUGUUCCCUUCUACAGCAGAGUGAAGGCUGGUCUGACUGACCUCUUGGGAGCCCGACUAUAUUUUUCUUCCCAUGUGUUGACACCAUACUGUUAUACUCUAGAUAUUGAGAUUAAACUCAGUGAAGAGGGAUUUGUAUUACCAGCUAACCAAUACGAAGAUGUGUUCCAGAGAAUAGCACUCUGUAUUGAUGAUCAAAAGAGAUUCUGCACCAACAGUUGCAACCUCCUUGGAAAAGAAGCCAUUAAGCAAAGGCACUUGCAGCUACUUGGUUAUGAAGUUGUUCAGAUUCCAUUUUUUGAGUUUGAGCUGUUGCACAACAGAAGUGAUAUAGUGGAAUAUCUACACAAGAAAAUCUUUCCUAGCUCAUACAGGCUCAGCUGGUGACAAAACAGAACUGAAAUGAUGCUGAAAUAUCUGUAAUUACUGUGAUUUUAUUUUGUUUAUAAGUGCUGUUCUUAGUAAACCACUUUAAUUUUUAAAAUAAACCCCACUGUUUAUUUUUGGUUUAUUUGUGUUCUGGCUCUGUCCUCCAGUGGUACAAAAGGAGAGAGAGAGAGAGAAAAUGCAGUGUGUGACAAAUUUGAUUUUUAUGUCUGGUUGCAUUUCUUCCAAAUUAAACUGAAACAAUGUUUGGAAAUGACUGCAUUUCUCUCUCUAGAAACACAGAGAACUGUUCUUGACAGUACAUAGAGAUGCCCUUGUUUUUGAGGCUAUUAAAGGAUAUCUGAAUUUGU